UUGGGGGUAAGUAACAGAAUGGAAAACCGAUCUGGGGGAACGGUGAAACUGUGCCUUUUAGACUGGAUGCAAGAGAGAAGGGGGAGGAAUAAUACAAACCAAGAAACUUUGGACUUCUGAAAGUUCUUCAAAAUGCUUUCUGGCUAAGACUGGGAAGGAGGUGGAGUUGGAGGACAUUAUCACGAGAGGCAGAUCUCUGAAGGAUCCCAGCGGUGUUCAAAAACAGGAAACAGAUAGAAACUGCAACCCUUUGGAAUAAAAAGGCAAUCUAAUAGUUCCUUAGCCUAGAAAAGCAGGAGAAAAGAGCCUGGACGUUUGACCAUUUAAAGAACGGGAACCAGACAUGGUGGAUGGAACUCCCAGGAUUCGCAGUUUGUUUUCAAAACACAGUUGCAGUUUGGAUCCCAUGUAUCUACCUAUGGAUUUCUUUCCCCUUCUAUUAUCUUUAUCUUCAGAAAAACCGCAGGGGAUAUAUCAGGAUGUCGGCCAUCUUCAAAGCAAAAAUGAUUCUUGCCUUUGCCUUAUUAGUCCUGUGUUUUUCCACCAUCUCAUUCCUCCUUUGGGAAGCUAACCAAGGGGUUUCACCAGCAGCCGGGCUCAUCAUUAGCCCUACAAUUCAACUGGUCACCAUGGUCCUGGUAGUUUUUCUCACCCAGAUGGAACGGAUGAAAGGGGUUCAAUCUUCAGGCAUCUUGCUGGUCUUCUGGCUGCUGUCUCUCCUCUCUUCUAGUGUCUCCUCCAGCUUCAAACUGCGCCAAGCAAUGGAAGGAGGAUUCCAGGAACAGCCUUUCCAGCAUCUGACUUCAUACAUUUACUUUGCUCUGGUUUUCUCGGAACUGCUGUUGUGUUGUUUUACAGAUCCGCCACCUUUCUUUUCCAAAAUUAGCAAUGACUCAAAUCCUUGUCCUGAAUCCGGAGCCUCUUUUGUUUCCAAAAUCACAUUCUGGUGGUUUGCUCGGCUGAUCUGGAAAGGUUACUGGACUCCAUUACGGCCAGAAGACCUGUGGUCACUAGCAAAAGAGAAUUCUUCUGAAGAAAUCAUGGAGAAGGUCCAAGAUGCUUGGGAUAAACGUUGUCCAAAAACUACACAAAUGACCAAAUUUGCGAGAUUUAAAAGAAGGCCAACUCAGAGAGAAAAUGCAGAUGAGACUGCCAUUUUGCUUCAACCGGAAGCUAGCAAAAGCAAAGAACUUCUAAAACAUUUCUGGACUGUUUUUGGAACUUAUUUCCUUCUGGCGACCCUCUGUUUGAUCACCUGUGACGUCUUCUUGUUUUUGGUUCCAAAGACACUGAGUCUUUUCCUAGAUUUUAUCAAUGACCAAGAAGCUCCUCUUUGGAUAGGUUAUUUCUAUGCUGCUGCGAUGUUCCUUUUGGCUUGUCUGCAGACACUGUUUGAGCAGCGGUACAUGUAUAUGUGUUUCAUGCUGGGCAUGAGGUUAAAAACAGCCAUCACGGGCCUUGUUUAUCGGAAGAUCUUGGUCCUGCCCAGCGCAGCAAAAAAUUCAACAUCCGUGGGCGAGAUUGUCAACCUGGUAUCCGUUGACGUGCAGAAGCUGAUGGACCUAAUUAUUUAUUUUAAUGGGACCUGGCUUGCUCCUAUCCGGAUCGUCAUCUGCUUUGUCUUCCUUUGGCAGCUCCUAGGACCCUCGGCCUUGUCUGCGGUUAUCAUAUUUUUAGUUCUCUUACCUCUGAACUUUGGGAUCAGCAAGAAGAGGAGCCAGCUCCAGGAAGCUCAGAUAAAGCAUAAGGACAGCCGUGCAAGGCUGACCAGCACCAUCCUCAGUGCCCUGAAGGUCCUCAAACUCCAUGGCUGGGAGAAGAACUUCCUAAGCAAAGUACUGGGCAUCCGAACUCAAGAACUUCAAGCUCUCAAGAUGUCUCAGUUCCUCUUCUCAGCUUCUCUUGCAUCUUUCCAGUCAUCCACUUUUUUGAUUUCAUUCAUCAUCUUUGCGGUCUACACGUUGUCAGAUAAGACAAAUAUCCUGGAUGCUAAGAAAGCUUUUGUUUCUCUUAGCUUGGUCAACAUUCUCAAUACUGCUCAUUCCUUCCUUCCAUUUUCCAUUAAUGCUGUUGUGCAGGCAAAAGUUUCCAUCCAUCGCUUAGCUACCUUUCUUUCUCUUGAAGAAUUAGAUCAAGCUCAGGUGGACGUUGAGUCUUCAGACCGCAAUCUGAAUUCCAUCAUUGUCACAAAUGGAACUUUCAGCUGGUGCAGAGAAAGCAAUCCGUGCCUGAAAAGGAUAAAUCUUACUGUACCGCAGGGCAGUCUGUGUGCUGUGGUGGGUCACGUGGGGGCUGGGAAAUCCACCCUGCUCUCGGUGUUACUUGGUGAACUGCAAAGGAUCGAAGGUUCGGUAGCAAUGAAGGGCCCAGUAGCGUUGGUUCCCCAGAUAGCAUGGAUACAAAAUGCUUCUGUGGAAGACAAUGUCAUAUUUGGGAGACAAAUGGAGAGGACGUGGUACAACCAGGUGGUCAAAGCCUGCGGCCUGAAGCCUGACAUAGAUGGUUUUCCAGCUGGAAGCCAGACAGAAAUUGGAGAGAAGGGCAUCAAUCUUUCUGGAGGACAAAAGCAGAGGCUCAGCCUGGCUCGUGCCAUUUAUACGAAGGCCUCAGUUUACCUCCUGGACGAUCCCUUGUCUGCUGUGGAUGUUCCAAUGGGACAGGACAUUUUCAACCAGGUUCUUGGACCAAACGGCUUGUUGAAGGAAAAGACUCGCGUCCUGGUGACCAACUCCAUCCACAUUCUACCCAAAGUAGACAACAUCAUUGUGAUGGUGAAUGGAGAAGUCUCUGAGAUGGGCUCUUGGCAGGAACUGAUCAGAAAGCAGGGGGCAUUUGCAGACUUCUUGAGGUCCCAGAACCUUGAAAAAAAAGAAGACCAGGAAUUGCAAGUUACUGCUGGUCCUCCCAAAGAUGCAGGAAACAUUAAGUGGAUCUCCACAACUCCUGUGACCCACAAUGAAACCCCUGGAAAAUCAAGAGAAGUUUUGGCCAAGAGAGACAGCGACAAGCCAACAGAGGAAGAAGGAAGAAGCCUGAUGGCAGAAGAUGAGAAGCAGAAGACUGGACGGGUGAAGAUUUCAGUAUACCUGGCAUACCUGAGAACAGCAGGGUCGUUCUUCUGGGUUUAUAUUGUGCUGCUGUUUGCCUGCCAGCAAGUUUUCUCAUUCUGCCGUGGCUACUGGCUCAGCCUGUGGGCCAAUGACCCCCUUUCCAAUGGGACGCAACCUCAUACCCAGCUCCGUGUGGGCGUCUUUUUUCUCCUAGGAGCCACGCAAGCCAUUGGGAAAUUCGGGUCGGUUGCUGCGGUGUUUUUGGCCGGGAUCGUGGCUUCCCGUAAGCUCUUCCGGCAACUCCUGUUGGAUGUUCUCCGGUCUCCAAUGGGCUUCUUUGAGCAGACUCCCAGCGGUAACCUCCUCAACCGUUUCUCCAAAGAAAUGGACGCAAUUGAUUCCAUCAUCCCGGACAAGCUGAAGUCUCUGCUGGGCUUCCUGUUUAACCUUCUGGAGAUCUACGUUGUGAUUGUGAUAGCCACACCGAUGGUUUUAGUGGCUAUUUUGCCUCUGUCAGCCCUAUACGUUGCUUUUCAGGUCUUUUUUGUCACCACCUCCUGCCAGCUGAAACGUUUGGAAGCCGCAAGCCGCUCGCCCAUCUAUUCCAACAUCUCGGAAACCUUUGAGGGGAGCUGCCUCAUUCGUGCUUUUGGAGUCCAGCACCGUUUUAUUGUCCGGAAUGAUGUCAACGUAGAUAAAAACCACAAGGUGUCCUUCCCUGCAGUGGUCGCUGACAGAUGGCUUGCCACCAACAUUGAGAUUCUGGGGAAUACCAUUGUCCUCUUUGCAGCUUUACUCGCUGUGGUGUACAAAGCCCAUCUCAGUCCUGGCAUGGUGGGCUUUUCCCUCUCCUGCGCUCUUCAGAUCACUGGCGUGUUGAACUGGAUGGUGCGUGCCUCAGCGGAAAUUGAUAACCAUAUCAUGUCUGUGGAGAGAGUGAGAGAUUAUUCACAGACCCCCAAAGAGGCUCCGUGGACCUUGGGUGAUCAUCUCCAAGGUGGCAGCUGGCCCACUGAAGGGGCAAUUGAAUUCAGAGGCUAUAGUUUGCGAUAUAGGCCGGAAUUAAGUCUAGCUCUGAAGAAUAUCAACCUAAAGAUCAAACCGCAAGAGAAGGUGGGCAUCGUUGGAAGAACAGGGGCCGGGAAAUCAUCCCUUGCGAUGGGACUUCUGAGACUUGUGGAAGCUUCUGAUGGAGAGAUUGUGAUUGAUGGAGUCAACAUUGCCCAAAUGGGCCUGCACAACCUGAGAAGCAAGAUUACGAUUGUCCCACAGGACCCAGUCUUGUUUGGGGGUUCUUUGAGAGAGAACCUCGAUCCCUUGAAUCAAUGCUCAGAUGAGGACAUCUGGACCGCUUUGGAGCAGACCCAACUCAAGAGCUUCGUUUCAGAUUUGCCAGGUCAGAUGUCCUACGAGUGCUGUGAAGGAGGUGGAGAUCUCAGUGUUGGUCAGCGGCAACUCAUCUGCCUGGCUCGGGGUUUACUUCGGAAAGCCAAAAUCCUGAUUCUGGAUGAGGCCACCGCAGCUGUGGAUCUUGAAACGGACCUGCAGAUCCAGGCCACCCUAAGGAGUCAUUUCAAGGAGUGCACAGUUCUGACCAUCGCCCACCGACUAAAUGCCAUGAUGGAAUUUGACAGAAUUUUAGUGAUGGAAAACGGACAAGUGGCCGAACUUGAUACCCCAGAAGCAUUGAGAGUCCAGAAGGGACUAUUCUACAAAAUGGCGGUGGAUUCAGGGCUAGUGAAGUGACUUGAGUUGGAAGAACACACUGAACGGCUGCUUCGUUUGAAAAAGGACGUUUUCUUAAUUUUCUGGCUAUGAGCAGGGAGAGCUCAAUCCUUGGCUUGUGAAACGACUGAUGUGUUCUCUUGCAGCAUAAGUGCAAAGCAGAUGGAGAACAGAAGUCAGACUCUUCCUGGCUUAAUUUCAGCCUGGCCCUUUUGCUGUACCACAAAUGCGGAAACCAGCAUGCACUGAGCAUGAUCCUUUCUUGGAGCUGAAUCACGCCUGGCUCGAGCAAAUGUCGCUGAUGCCAUCCCCGCUAGCCAAAAACACUGCGCAGAAUGGCCUGUAUUUUGGCUUUGAUCAUGUCAAAGAUGUCACUCAUUUUACUCAUAAUCUCUUUCACUGCCUCGUUGCUUAGUCCCCAAUUAAAGCAACGCAAUUGCAGAAAUAGUAAAUGCUGAACUGAUAAACAAAGCUAACUUUUGUAUCCUG